CUAACUUGUUUCCUUAUUAUAAUUCUCCACAAACAUGGUAUCUUCUGCUUCUUCAAAGGGUUCUCUCUCUACCAGCGACGUUAUCUCCUUUGAACAUAACUAUGGUGCUCACAACUAUCACCCUCUUCCUGUUGUCUUCUCCAAGGCUCAAGGUAUUUGGGUUUGGGAUCCUGAAGGUAACAAGUACAUGGAUUUCCUCUCUGCCUACUCUGCUGUGAACCAGGGCCACUGCCACCCAAAGAUUGUGCAAGCCUUGUGUGACCAGGCUCAGAAGCUUACCUUAUCUUCGCGUGCGUUCUACAACGAUGUGUUUGGCAAGUACGCCAAGUAUGUGACUGAGUACUUUGGCUACGAUAUGGUACUUCCCAUGAACACGGGUGCUGAAGCCGUUGAGACUGCCAUCAAGCUUGCCCGCAAGUGGGGUUAUGUUAAGAAGGGUAUUCCAGAGAACCAAGCCAUUGUUCUCAGUUGCCAGGACAACUUCCACGGUCGUACUGUUGGUAUCAUCAGUAUGAGCAAUGAUCCUGAUGCUACCAAGGACUUUGGUCCCUAUUUGCCAUUGGUGGGUCCCGUUUGUCCCACCACUGGCCGUGAGAUUAGAUACAACAACUAUGAAGAUCUUGAAGCUGUCAUUGAAGCUAACUCUGACAGAGUUGCUGCUUUCUUGGUUGAACCCAUUCAAGGAGAGGCUGGUAUCAUGGUGCCUGACGAAGGAUAUCUCAAGAAGUGCUAUGACCUCUGCAAGAAGCAUAAUGUCCUUUUCAUUGGUGAUGAAAUCCAAACUGGUCUUGCCCGUACUGGAAAGAUGCUUUGCGUUGAGCACGACGGUGUUCGUCCCGACAUUGUCUUGUUGGGUAAGGCUCUUUCCGGUGGCGUAUAUCCCGUUUCUGCCGUUUUGGCCGAUCGCGAGGUGAUGCUGUGCAUUCAACCUGGUGAGCACGGUUCUACUUACGGUGGUAACCCACUUGGUGCUGCUGUCUCCAUGGCUGCCCUUGAAGUCAUCAAGGAAGAAAACUUGGUAGAGAAGAGCCAGGUCCUCGGUGAGAAGUUCCGUGAAAUGCUCAGCAGCAUCAAGAGCCCUCUGUUGAAGACUGUUCGUGGACGUGGUCUGCUGAAUGCUAUUGUCAUUGAUGACAGCAAAUCGGACAAGUCCGCCUGGCAAUUGUGUUUGCUUCUCAAGUCCCGUGGUCUCCUUGCCAAACCCACUCAUGUCAAUAUCAUUCGUCUCGCUCCCCCUCUUUGCAUCACCGAGGAAGAGUUGCUCAACGGUGCUAACAUCAUUGAACAAGCCCUUACUGACAUUGUUGACAUGAGCCAUGAAGAACUCAACGCUUUGGAUAUUGGCAACGCCGCCCAUUAAAUAAGUUCCCACCGGCUAUACAUAAUAUUAAACAUAGGAAUGUAGCAUAACACUUUGCUCCAUAUGUAUCAUACUUUCCAUCCUUUUUAUUAAACCUCGCAACACCUUUGUGUAUUGUAUCGUCUGAAAU